GUUUCAUUGUUUUGUGCUCACAUGUCGGAGGUCAAAGUUCCUGUUUGGAACCUUUGGAGUAAUAAAAAGUCCUAUGAUUCUUGUCUCAGUAGCAGCUCAAAUUUUGUACCUUUAUCAGAGAACGAUACAAGGAAGAGUGAAAACUUUGCCGGUAGAAGCACAGUUUCUCCUCUCUUUGACAAACUGCCGAUAAGGUCAAAAUAUAUGAGAGAGUAUAAAAGGACAUCUACGAAGAGAUUACGCUCCGUUUCUAGAGACAGAGGACCUGACUGUCAGGGUGACUUUAGAGUCAUAGACUGGCCAAACGAAUCAAGUAAAAUUAAGAUAAGAAACGGCUAUGGAGAGAACUCGAGUAAUACCAGAAAGAGCUUUGUGGUGGCCCUGUUAUUAACAGCCGUCGGUUUGCUAAUGGGCUUUCUGGCAGCUUAUCUAGACAUAGCUGUGGAGUGGUUGUCCGAUCUUAAGUUUGGAGUAUGUAUAUUUCUUUUACUUUAUACUUGUAUGGGAGCUAUUUUAGUGAUUACGCUGGCUCCAUAUGCAGCAGGAAGCGGUAUUCCAGAAGUAAAGGCUAUUCUCAAUGGCGUCGUUAUGAAGGGGUUUCUAUCGAGUCUUACUUUUAUAGUCAAAAUGUUGGGUGUUUCUUUAGCAGUUGCUGCUGGCUUAUCUGCUGGUAAGGAAGGACCCUAUGUGCAUUUGGGAUGUUGUCUAUGUGCAUUGCUUUGUUCACUUUUCCCUCUCAUUCGACAUGAUGGCAGAUUAUAUAGAGAAUUAUUAGCUUGUGCCUCAGCAGCAGGUGUUGCAGUCGCUUUUGGUGCACCUGUCGGAGGUGUUCUAUUCAGUUUGGAGGAAGUUUCCACAUACUUUUCGAGUCAGGUUUUAUGGCAUGCCUUUUAUUGUGCAUUUGUGGCCGCAAUGACGCUAAAAGUUAUGAAUCCUUAUUAUAAUGGGAAAACAGUCAUUUUUGAAAUUCCUUCCAAUCUUCCUUGGAAUUGGUUCGAAAUCGUUUUCUUCGCAUUGACGGGAGCAGUAGGGGGAAUAUUAGGAACUGUUUUUAUCAAAACCAAUCUGCUGUGGAUGAAACUGAAAGAAAAACACGGCUACUUUAAACGGCAUCCCAUGAGAGAAAUACUAUUGGUAACGUUGAUGACUUGCUUUCUAUUUUAUUUCAGUGAUUUCUUAAGUGGCAGCAAUUCUGAAAUUCUUACCAGUCUCUUCAAUGAAUGUUCAGAUGACAGUCAGGAAUUGGAUGAUAUAGCAAAGAAAAACGAAGCGUACCUUUGCUCCGUUAAAAACUCAAAACAAGUUGCUCUAGCAUUACUUGUAGGAACCUUUCUAAAGUUGUUUACUGCGGUUAUAACAUUUGGUAUUAAACUUCCAACAGGGAUUUUUAUUCCUUCAUUGACUGUUGGAGGUUUGUGUGGAAGAUUGAUUGGAGUUUUAGUGAAAGGUUCUGUGACCAAAUAUCCGAAGUUCCCCUUGUUCCGCGAAUGCCUUUUAUCAACAUCUUGUGUAAGUCCAGCCAUCUAUGCCGUUACCGGUGCCGCUGCAAUGUUAGGUGGAGUUACUAGAGUGUCUGUUUCACUGGUUGUGAUUAUGAUAGAAUUGACAAAUGGUUUACACUAUCUACUUCCAGUUAUGAUUGCUGUCCUUGUCUCCAAAUGGGUUGGUGACGUCUUGCACGUGGAUAGCAUCUAUGAGCUUUACAUCAAAAUCAAAAGAUAUCCAUAUCUUCGAAGCAAUCCCCCGAAUGAAAACUCACGUACUGAAUGGUUCAGUGUCCGCAACAUCAUGCAUACUCCGGUAGUUUGCAUAACAUCAACUUCAUUUCAUCUUUCAGAUUUGGAGCGACUGCUUACAGAAUACAAAUACUGGAAUUUCCCUAUCAUUACGUCUUCCGAAGAAAAUGCUAUCAUUGGUUCGGUUUCUAGGGAGGCGAUUGCAUUCGUUCUAGGACUCUGUCAUAAAGAAAAUCUUGCUCCAAGAGAUCCAAGAGUUCAUUUCUCUCCACCGAGUCAUCUUUCGAAUCUGCAUGAAGCUUUUACUGUAUUGAAUGAUAACUCUUCUUCCUCAGAAGAGCUUGUACUGGAGUUGGGAUCCAUUAUGGACUUCUUCACGUUAACCAUUCCCGAUAACACACCAGUAGUAAAGGUACCAAUCAUUCUGAGAAAUUGUAUUUUAUGGUUGAGCACCUGUCAAAUAGGUUAUAGAGAUAUUCCAAAAUACAGGAGCUCGUGUAGGUUGGUUAUUCAACGGCGGAAAGAUUUCGGGUGUCAUAUCGAAAAAGGAUAUCAUUCAAUUUAUGGAUAUGAUGAUCACUUCAUGAAUUAGCAAUAGAAGCAUACAAAGAAUGAAGAAAUGGACAAUUUUGUAGUAGCUGGUCGAACGACCCUAAGUAUUGUGCCGCUAGUUUUAAUCUUUGUUUGAGUUUUUCUUCCGACACGUUUGCAUUUUGAAACAGUUGGAAAACUUCCAUUUGUGAAUGCACACCUGGUUUUUGGUUAUAUUCCUUUUCAUUCAGGUUAAUGUCGCUUAUGAAAACUUCUGUUGUUAUAUCUGUGAUAUCAUAUAAAGAAGAAUAAGACAACACUGUAUUGAGUAAAUGCCAAUAAUGAGGUUUCUGAAACACAGUUUUAGCCACUCUUAUGCAUAAGGAUUUGUAGGUAAAAUAGCAAACUUCUCUGUUUACUAAACCUUGGCAGAUAUCUCCUAGCGCUUCCAUUAUAAAACAGAGAUCGUAAGU